GCAGGGUGACGCGUUGACGCUGUUUUCUCGCGGGGCUGCGCACGCACGCACGCCUCGGUUGUUUCUCGCUGUGUGUUUCUGUGAAGCAGAGGCUUCGGUUUGUCUGUGCUGCUGGGUUUUUGGGCCGUCGGAUUCUGUUGUCGUCGUUCACAGAAGUAAUCCCUGAAACCCAAUUCGCGCUCUCGAAUCCCCUUCGCGACCCGUUUGACUGUCGAACCGGCGAUAUACCGCACAGUCACCGCCAGCACCAGCAACCGAACCCAAGACCCAAGCACCAUGCCUGAGAAGCGGCCCUUCGAGCGGUUACCUACCGACGUCUCCCCCGUCAACUACGGGCUCUGCCUGAAACCCGACCUCAUCGACUUUACUUUCGAGGGCAAACUGGAGGCUACUGUCGAGGUUACAAAUACAACCAAUCAGAUUGUUAUGAACUGUGCUGAUAUUGACAUCAUUACAGCAUCUUUUGUACCAGAAGGAGGAGAAGAGAUAAACGCAACAGGUUUCAACUAUCAAAAUGAGGACGAAAAAGUGACCUUGUCGUUCCCCAGUGCUCUUCAGAAAGGUUCUGGUACGCUAAAAAUAGAUUUUGUUGGAGAACUCAAUGACAAAAUGAAAGGGUUUUAUAGAAGUAAAUAUGCAAUUCCAUCAGGAGAAAUUCACUAUGCUGCUGUCACACAGUUUGAGGCUACAGAUGCUCGGAGAGCUUUCCCUUGCUGGGACGAGCCAGCUAUUAAAGCAACUUUUGACAUCUCCUUGAUUGUUCCAAAGGACAGAACAGCUUUGUCAAACAUGAAUGUUAUUGAUCGAAAGCCAUGUCCUGAUGAUGAAAAUCUUGUAGAAAUGAAGUUCGCUAGAACCCCGAUCAUGUCCACAUACCUAGUAGCAUUUGUAGUUGGCGAAUAUGACUAUGUUGAAACCAAGUCAUCUGAUGGUGUAAUAGUUCGGGUGUACACACCACUUGGAAAAGGAGAACAAGGAAGAUUUGCAUUAGAGGUUGCAGCUAAGACCUUACCUUUUUACAAAGACUAUUUCAACGUUCCAUACCCGCUACCUAAAAUUGAUCUCAUAGCAAUUGCUGACUUUGCAGCUGGUGCCAUGGAGAACUGGGGUCUUGUUACUUACAGAGAGACAGCCCUGCUUAUUGAUCCCAAGAAAUCCUGUUCCUCUUCCCGGCAGUGGGUCGCUCUGGUGGUCGGUCACGAACUUGCUCAUCAGUGGUUUGGAAAUCUAGUCACAAUGGAGUGGUGGACUCAUCUGUGGUUAAAUGAGGGCUUUGCCUCCUGGAUUGAGUACUUGUGUGUGGACCACUGCUUUCCGGAGUAUGACAUCUGGACUCAGUUUGUGUCGGCAGACUACACACGGGCACUUGAUCUAGAUGCUCUGGACAACAGCCACCCCAUUGAGGUCAAUGUUGGACACCCCUCGGAAGUUGAUGAAAUCUUUGACGCAAUAUCCUACAGUAAAGGCGCUUCAGUUAUCCGUAUGCUGCAUGACUACAUAGGAGAUGAGGACUUCCGGAACGGAAUGAAUGUGUACCUAUUAAAGUUCCAACAUAAAAAUGCAUCAACAGAGGAUUUGUGGGACUCUCUAGAACAAUCCAGUGGGAAGCCAAUAGCUGCUCUUAUGAAUUCAUGGACCAAACAAAUGGGAUUUCCCAUUAUUCUUGUGGAACAAGAGCAGCAAGGAGAUGACAGAGUGCUGAAAUUGUCCCAGAAGAAAUUCUGUGCCAGUGGACCGUACAACGGAGAUGAGUGCCAUAACUGGAUGGUGCCUAUCAGCAUCUGCACCAGCGAUGACCCAGCCUGCAGCAAGAUGAAUGUGCUGCUGGAUUGUGCUGAAAUUACUGUCACUGUGAAAAAUGUGGCGCCGGAUCAAUGGGUUAAGAUAAACCCAGGAACUAUUGGCUUCUAUCGAAUUCAAUACAGCUCCUCAAUGUUGGAAAGUUUAAUUCCUGGAAUCAGAGACCUCACUCUGCUCCCUGUGGAUAGGCUAGGUCUGCAAAAUGAUCUCUUCUCACUGGCCCGAGCGGGUAUGAUUAGCACUGUGGAAGUACUGAAGGUGAUGGAGGCUUUUGUAAAUGAGCCCAAUUACACCGUGUGGAGCGAUCUGAGCUGCAAUCUGGGCAUCCUGUCCACUUUACUCGCCAAUACCGAUUACCACGAAGAGAUCCAGGAGUUCAUAAGAGAUCUCUUUAUACCUAUUGGGCAGAAGCUGGGCUGGGACACUAAACCUGGAGAGGGUCACUUGGAUGCCUUGCUUAGGGGCUUGGUGCUUGGAAAACUGGGAAAAGCUGGACACAAACCCACUCUGGAGGAAGCACGUCGCCGGUUCAGGGAUCACGAGGAUGGAAAACAAAUACUGCCCGCUGAUCUGAGGAGUCCGGUCUAUUUAACAGUUUUGAAGCAUGGAGAUAGUACAACAUUGGAGGCCAUGCUUAAGCUCCACAAACAGGCUGACAUGCAGGAGGAGAGAAACCGUAUUGAGAGAGUACUCGGGGCUAUUGCAGCACCUGAUCUGAUUCAGAAAGUUCUAAGCUUUGCUCUGUCGGAGGAGGUGCGUCCUCAGGACACCGUCUCUGUGAUUGGGGGCGUCGCUGGCAGCAGUAAGCAUGGGAGAAAGGCAGCCUGGAAAUUUGUAAGGGACAACUGGGAGGAACUGCACAACCGCUACCAGGGCGGCUUCCUCCUAUCCCGAUUAAUUAAGCUUUCAGUUGAUGGCUUUGCUGUUGAUAAGAUGGCUGCUGAAGUGAAGUCCUUUUUCGAAAGCCACCCUGCACCUGCAGCUGAGCGUACAGUACAGCAGUGCUGUGAAAACAUCCUGUUGAAUGCAGCCUGGCUGAAGCGCGACUCGGAGCUGAUACACGAGUAUCUACUGCAGCGCAAGGCCCCUCCUGCAGCCAAGGUCUGACCCCGCGGAGCCACAUUCUCACCAUCCCGAGACGGGAAAGGGACGGCCAGCAACGAAAAUCCUGAGUCAUUUCUCCAAAAAAACGAGCAGAAAACUGGUUGGACAAUGGAUGUAGUUAAUCCCAUCCUGCCCAUGCAAGAUAAUCUUCAUCAUUUAGGCAUGGCAGAUCAAGAAUGCUUACUGAAAGGAAGAGAAAACUACAAAAAAAAAUUAUACAUUCUUAAAGCUACACAACAGUGAAGCUAUUGCAAUAUUUUGUGGCGAUUUCAAAUUAAAUAAAAUGUGAAAGAUAUAUUAAUCUGAGUAAUUUGUAUCCCUUGCUAAAAAAAAAAAAAAAAAAAAAAAACGUAUGACUGCCAGGUUUUGAAUGAGUUUUGUUUGAAGUUGGGCAGGACAGGGUUAAUGGCUCCGUGCUUUUGUAAGGAGUUUGUACAAAAGAAAUACAGCACUGAAUUGAAUUGCUGAGAAACAGUCUUUUGGGAAUGGCUGCCACAGGCUUGGAACUUCAUGUAUAUCUAGUGUUUGUUUUUUGCAAGACUUCUCACACAAGAAAGCCGUGUAUAUGUUAUUUUUCACCAUGUUACCCCUUCCCAGAGGGAUUUUGUUACUCAUUAUUAGUUCUGUAUCUCAUUUUAACUGAUUGAUGUCCUCCUUUGAACUACAGAAAAGAAUCCAUUAAAAAAAAUGUGUGUUUAACCAUCUAUGUAUCAGCCACAUUUAAAUAAGAUAAAAACUAUUUUAGAUUUGUAUUAGUUGAGGUUUGUUUUAAAAAGGAUGUGAAACCUACCAAGAGCGGGCAUACUUGUCUAAAAUGAGGAGGGCAUUUUUAGAUGUUUACAGGUAAAAUGAAAUAUGAAAUAGUUUUUAAACCAUGCAACUCUAUGGGCCCCCAGUAUUAUUUUUUUUUGUCAUAAGUUGACUAGUUUUAUUAUUAUUAUUAUUUUUAAAUUGCAAUUCUAUCAAUUCAAAAGCCUUAUUGGUUAAACUGGUUUGCAAUAAUUAUUACACUGUGAAGUGGUAAUAGUUACUACACUGAAAAUAAAGCAAUGUUGUACUAACAUUAGAAAUCUACAUAGAAAAUUGUUGAAGGGGUAUAUUUAAAUAAAUAUAAUUUGCUAUUUAGUGUGGCUUUUAACCAUACUGGAGAAGGUCAUCAAACUAAUUGUCAGACUGCUUCCCUGAAACAUUUUGUUGUGCUUUUUUUUGUUUUAAGAGAAAAAAAACAGUUGGUGUUCUUGAAAAUUAAAACAAAAACAAAUUGUCAAUGUGAAAUGGGUUUUGCUUUCCUUACUUUUAGCGCAUCUCUCAUUGCUGUUGUCUUUAUCCUUGAUCAUCGGAUUUCAUAGUCACCAAACACCAUCAUUGCUUACGAUAGGUAACACACUGUAAAACAAACCAGACUGUGCUUAAAAUAAAUCAAUUCAGCUAUAUGGAAAAAUGUAAACCUUCCCUUUAAUAAACAAACAUAGGAAUUGAAAAAACAAA